AAAAAUGACAACCGUCCAGAAGACAAAAGUUCAUGUUGUGGUCAUUUCACCACUCAUACAAUUAGUUCUCUCACAAGUGGAAACGAUUUCUCCAGAUGCUGAUGUUAAAUGGUCUACUAUACAAUCAAUGGUGAGGAUCACAAACCGCCUUGGUGAUGGUUCGAUAUUAAAGCUCCACUGUAAGUCCUCAGAUGACGAUCUCGGCUUCCACGUUCUCGCUCCGAAUAGCUUUUGGUCGUUUAAGUUUACACCAUCUGUUUUUUAUGGAUCGACACUUUUCUUCUGUCGAUUCAAAUGGCUGCCUGGACAAUCAAAAAGGUUUGAUAUUUACGAUGAUGACAGAGAUGGUGUUCGUAGGGGUAUUCCAUGCAUCUACUGUUUCUGGGAUAUAACCAAAGAAGGGCCAUGCAGGUUCAGUGAAAAAGAUCGUGAAUUUAAUAUAUGUUAUGACUGGAAUGGGGAACGAAUUGGGGAAUAG